GUGUAUUCAUCACCAUUUCUCUCAUCCCACCACUCUCUCUCAAUUGCUUUCGGAAGAAUGAUGUCUAAACUCCUCCUCCUCCUCUGUUUUCUUUUCUUCCUCUCGUUUUCUCAACUUUUUUCCUCCUCUUUCUCUUUCUCUAAUUCCACCAAACUGUGCCCGCAUCACCAGGCCAUUGCUCUGCUCCACUUUAAGCAAUCCUUUUCUAUUGAUAAUUCCAGUUCUUGGUAUUGCGAUUACUAUGAUGUCACUUUUUAUCCCAAAACAGAGUCUUGGAAGAAGGGUAGUGAUUGCUGCUCAUGGGAUGGGGUCACAUGUGAUUGGGUGACAGGCCAUGUAAUUGAGCUGGACCUCAGUUGCAGUUGGCUCUUUGGCACCAUCCAUUCCAACACUACCCUCUUCCAUCUUCCUCAUCUACAAAGGCUCAACCUGGCUUUCAACAACUUUCGUGGGUCCUCUAUUUCAGCUGGGUUUGGUCGUUUCUCAAGCUUGACGCAUCUCAAUCUCUGUGACUCUGAAUUUUCAGGCCCAAUUUCACCAGAAAUCUCUCACCUCUCCAACUUGGUUUCACUUGAUCUCUCUUGGAAUAUUGACACAGAAUUUGCCCCGCAUGGCUUCGAUUCUCUAGUUCAAAAUUUAACCAAAUUGCAAAAGCUUCACCUUGGAGAAAACUUGAAGUUCUAGACCUUGGGAAUAAUAAGAUAAAUGAUACAUUUCCCCAUUGGUUGGGAACUCUUCCAGAGUUGCAAGUUCUUGUUUUGCGCUCUAAUAGUUUCCAUGGUCAUAUAGGGUGUUCCAAAAUCAAAUCCCCAUUCAUGAGCCUAAGAAUCAUUGAUCUUGCUUACAAUGAUUUCGAGGGUGACUUGCCUGAAAUGUAUCUGAGAAGUUUGAAAGCGACAAUGAAUGUAGACGAAGGCAACAUGACAAGAAAAUAUAUGGGGGACAGUUAUUAUCAAGAUUCCGUAAUGGUGACAAUCAAGGGGUUGGAGAUUGAAUUUGUGAAAAUCUUGAAUACGUUCACAACAAUUGAUUUAUCAAGCAAUAAAUUCCAAGGAGAGAUUCCAAAGUCCAUUGGAAAUCUUAAUUCGCUUCGAGGGCUCAAUUUGUCUCAUAACAGCCUUGCAGGACAUAUCCCAUCAUCUUUCAAAAAUUUGAAGUUGCUUGAAUCAUUGGACCUCUCUUCAAACAAGCUCAUUGGGAGCAUUCCUCAAGAAUUAACAAGUUUGACAUUUCUUGAAGUUUUGAAUCUUUCUGAAAACCAUCUUACAGGAUUUAUACCUCGAGGAAAUCAGUUUGACACUUUUGGAAAUGAUUCAUACAGUGAGAACUCAGGGUUGUGUGGAUUUCCAUUGUCAAAGAAAUGCAUAACUGAUGAAGCAUCGGAAUCUUCAAAGGAAGCGGAUGAAGAGUUUGAUGGUGGAUUUGAUUGGAAAAUCACAUUGAUGGGAUAUGGAUGUGGAUUGGUUAUUGGGUUGUCUCUUGGGUGUCUCAUUUUCUUAACUGGGAAACCUAAACGGUUUGUCUGGUUUAUUGAAGAGAACAUUCACAAAAAGAUCAGAAGAUCUACAAGGAGCACUUGUAGGCAAGGAGCAAGAAGAAAUUAAUUCGUUCCACUCCCAUUUUAUUAUGUGUUGCAUAUAACAAAUGGCUUUUACAUUCUUAUGUUAGCAAAUAAUUUAUAUUGUCAUUAUACAAGUGCAAUCUUGUUUAUAAAGUUAAAAUAAUGUCUUUUUCCUUAUUAU